AUGGCCUUCCGUCAACUGCGUGCUUAUCGCGGCGAUCCACGUCCUCAAUCCUACCCGCAAACGCCGUCCGACACUUUUCCUUCCCUUCCUUCGGUUCUCCUGAGUAACAGUUCGUCCGAGGACCGAGAUGGCAGGUCCAAGAGUGGCAGCAGCAGCGGACGGAGUCGCACCGAGGCUUCUAAGAAGAAGCACGAUGCUCUCAAGCUGUCUAAGGGCCAGAGCCGGGAGACGACCUCGAAGAAGGGAUCUCGCCACGCCGAUGUGAUCGACCGAUGGGAUCCUACAGGUCUCGGCCAUGCCAUGUGGCAUCACUCCGGACCGUACGACGCCGCUGCUCCGUCGCGCAACCUCCACGGACCUCAGACUAAGGCUCCCAUGCAUGCGUUCUCGGGUCCCCCCGUCGCCCCUGUCGCCGCGCCGGCGCGCCAAGCCUCGGCGAUCUCUAUCGGAACCACGCCCAACCCGCGAGAGGACAAUGGCGAGCAGGCUGUCGUUGGUGGCCGCCGGCCCAGCGGCGCCGCCGCUCGCCGCCGCUCUAGUGGAGGACUCUCGAACCCGUACUCCUCCAGCUUACCCGCUAGUGGCGGAUUCUUCCCUGACACUCACCACGAGGAGGCCGAGGAGGGUGACUAUGCUCGUCGCGAGCGUGAGCGUCAGCGAGAGGAGAAGUACAGGGCGAUGAAGGCGGCCUGGGGUAUUGACACUCCCCUUCGAGGACUUUGGUUCUUCGCCACGAGACGAGCCGGAGUCCCGCGCUCGCCUGGUGGCAAGAAGAUCGGCUUUGGUGGCGCUCGCAGCCCGCCCAUCAACGAGGACAGCGCAGAAGACUUUGUUGGGUCGCACCAAUCUCGCGGGUCGUUCUCUCGGCCAGGUGGCGGCGUCAAGCGUACGAAGAGCUUGAUGCAGAGACUCAAAGGCAUGCGCGGAGACCGAUCACACUCGCCCAACAAGUACGGCAACGACGUUCCUCCCUUACCUGCAUCGCCUGGAUCUGGUCACGAGCGCGCGCCGUCCGCUGGCCGCUCGCUAAGCCGAGGAUCAAACGGCGGCGCCCGCGACUCGCCGACUAAGGGUUACGGCGACGAGCUGGAGCCGAUCCAGUACGGUGCUGUUGAGGGUGCCGAUGCCCGCGAAGAGCUCGAGAGCGAGCUUCCGGCGCGGCCCGCGUUCCCGCAACACAGGAGCAGCUCUGGCCACCCCGUCAUGCCGGUCAUGCCCGAGUUUGACGACCUGCACCAGACGCGAUCAAACUCGUACUACGAGCCGCCGUCUGGAGGCGACAUGAAGCGCAAGACCUCGAUCGUGAAGCGUUUCAAGGACAAGGUUGCCAAGUAA